AAGUGUUGAGCGUCUUCUCUCUCCAGUACAGCAGAAGGCGCUGCAGCUCUUUAGUACACAAAUAAACUCACUAAAGAAAGAAAGAAAGCGCGUGUGAUUUGUUUGUGUAUCAUCAUUAUUUUUCUCUCUUGAGUGUUUUAUUGAGAGUAAACAGAGUCUUGUCUUGGUGUAUUUUUAGUGUUGAUGAUGAGAUGGAUGUGAUGUGCUGUAAAUCAGUAGGAACUGAUCUGUCCAUGCUGGAUAUUGAUGAUUUUAUCACAGAAAUCUCUCAGCUGAAGAAAGAGGUGGCGUUACUGGAGAUAAAGCUGAGGUUAAGAGGAGAUGAAGGACUGAAUAGAGAGGAUGGGGUUUGUUGUGAAUCUUCAGGGUAUGUGACUGUUUGGAGCUCCAGUGAAUGUCUGGAUUCAGUGUGGAUGAGCAGAGAUCAGAGCCGCACACCACAGUCACUGCUGGAUAAACUCUCUGAAGAGACAUCCAGACACACACAGGACUCAGAUCUCAGUCUGUCUUUACUCUCUUAUACUGAGUCAAAGCCCACAGACACUCAGGACACUACAGUGUGUGACAGUAAACAGAGCUUACAGGAGGAUCAAACCUCCACAGAGUCUCUGGAUUCUGUCUGUAACGCUGGAGAACAGCAGCAGAUCCUGCAGACCGAACUGAAGAUGUCUUCAAUUAAACCGAUGGACAGUGGGAACCUGAUGAUGAAGAUAAGUAGAGAAACUACAACAGAUGAAGAUCACACUGAGGAAGAUGAUGACAAUCAUGAUUAUUUUAUUCCUUCAGAUAAGAUCAGUGAUUCGUGUUUGGAUGGAGAAAUAACGUCUUUAUCAUCAAAAGAGCGACAGACGGCACAAACUCUUUCCUGCAUCACCGAUGGAGAGACAUUGAGCUCACCGAGACAUUUAGAUAGAAAUGCAGAACAAAAACUCUUGACCUCCACCAGAUCUGAGAUCAGCUUCACUACCUUACAAAAAUAUAAACGUCAUCAUUCAAAAGUGCACAGAGAGAAGAAGUUUGGGAAGGAUCUUUUAGCAUCAACGUCUCGUAUUAAUGCUCACGUGAGGUCACACAGUGCUGAAAAGUCUUUUUACUGCACUGAAUGUGGCAAAUAUUUCAGCACCAAACAAAGUCUUCAUUUUCAUCAGAGAAUUCACACUGGAGAGAAACCAUACGAGUGUCCUCACUGUGAGAAGAGAUUCAGCCAAAAACAUCAUCUGAAGUCACAUAUGCUUAAACACACCAAUGAAAGACCGUAUCAGUGCAGUCAAUGUGACAAAACCUUUAAGGAUUUAAGUUCAUUAAAAUCACAUCAGAAUAUUCACUCUGAGGAGAAACGCUAUCAGUGUUCACACUGUGAUAAACGUUUCGGUCAUAAAUCUAGUCUGAUAAUCCAUCAGAGAGUUCACACUGGACAAAAACCUUACGUCUGCUCUCAAUGUGAAAAGAGCUUCACUACUCAAGGUAAUUUUAAAGUUCAUCAGAGAGUUCAUACAGGAGAAAAACCUUACGUCUGCUCUCACUGUGGUAAGAGAUUCUCUGAUCCAAGUACUUUUAAAGUUCAUCAGAAAAUUCACACUGGAGAGAAACCUCAUCACUGUACUGUUUGUGGGAAGAGUUUCAGCAAAAAAUGUAAUCUAAAGAAACAUGUGCGUAUACACACCAAUGAGACCAUAUCAGGUUUUAGUGAAACACCAUAUAACUCAUACAGGUUUUUCUCUCUUGAGUGGUUUAUUGAGAGUAAACAAAGUUUUGUCUCUGUGUAUUUUAGUGUUGAUGAUGAGAUGGAUGUGAUGUGCUGUAAAUCAGUAGGAACUGAUCUGUCCAUGCUGGAUAUUGAUGAUUUUAUCUCAGAAAUCUCUCAGCUGAAGAAAGAGGUGGCGUUACUGGAGAUAAAGCUGAGGUUAAGAGGAGAUGAAGGACUGAAUAGAGAGGAUGGGGUUUGUUGUGAAUCUUCAGAGUAUGUGACUGUUUGGAGCUCCAGUGAAUGUCUGGAUUCAGUGUGGAUGAGCAGAGAUCAGAGCCGCACACCACAGUCACUGCUGGAUAAACUCUCUGAAGAGACAUCCAGACACACACAGGACUCAGAUCUCAGUCUGUCUUUACUCUCUUAUACUGAGUCAAAGCCCACAGACACUCAGGACACUACAGUGUGUGACAGUAAACAGAGCUUACAGGAGGAUCAAACCUCCACAGAGUCUCUGGAUUCUGUCUGUAACGCUGGAGAACAGCAGCAGAUCCUGCAGACCAAACUCAAGAUGUCUUCAGUUAAACCGAUGGACAGUGGGAACCUAAUGAUGAAGAUGAGAAGAGAAACUACAGCAGAUGAAGAUCACACUGAGGAAGAUGAUGACAAUCAUGAUGAUUUUAUUCCUUCAGAUAAGAUCAGUGAUUCGUGUUUUGAGGAAGAAAUGACGUCUUUAUCAUCAAAAGAGGGACAGACGGCACAAACUCUUUCCUGCAUCACCGAUGGAGAGACAUUGAGCUCACAGAGACUUUUAGAUAGAAAUGCAGAACAAAAACUCUUGACCUCCACCAGAUCUGAGAUCAGCUUCACUACCUUACAAAAAUAUAAACGUCAUCAUUCAAAAGUGCACAGAGAGAAGAAGAAGCAGUUUCACUGUCAGCAAUGUGGGAAGGAUUUUGGCUACUUAUAUCAGCUAAAAGUUCACAUGAGGACACACAGUGGUGAAAAGCCUUUCUACUGCACUGAAUGUGGCAAAUAUUUCAGCACCAAACAAAAUCUUGAUAUUCAUCAGAGAAUUCACACUGGAGAGAAACCAUACGAGUGUCCUCACUGUGAAAAGAGAUUUAGCCAUAAAACUAAUCUACAGAGACAUCUGCGUAUACACACCAAUGAGAGACCGUAUCAGUGCAGUCAAUGUGACAAAAGCUUUAAGAAUUCAAGUUCAUUAAAAUCACACCAGAAUAUUCACUCUGAGGAGAAACGCUAUCAGUGUUCACACUGUGAUAAAUGUUUCAGUCUAAAAUCUAAUCUGAUUAUCUAUGAGAGAGUUCACACUGGAGAAAAACCUUACGUCUGCUCUCACUGUGGAAAGAGCUUCACUACUCAAGGUAAUUUUAAAGUUCAUCAGAGAGUUCAUACAGGAGAGAAACCAUACGAGUGUCCUCACUGUGAGAAGAGAUUCAGCCAAAAAUCUUAUCUAAAUACACAUGUGCGUAUACACACCGAUGAGAGAUCGUAUCAGUGCAGUCAAUGUGACAAAACCUUUAAGAAUUCAAGUUCAUUAAAAUCACACCAGAAUAUUCACUCUGAGGAGAAACGCUAUCAGUGUUCACACUGUGAUAAAUGUUUCAGUCUAAAAUCUCAUCUGAUUAUCCAUGAGAGAGUUCACACUGGAGAAAAACCUUAUGUCUGCUCUCAAUGUGAAAAGAGCUUCUCUCAUCCAAGUACUUUUAAAGUUCAUCAGAGAAUUCAUACAGGAGAGAGUUUCAGCAAAAAAUGUAAUCUAAAGAAACAUGUGCGUAUACACACCAAUGAGACCAUAUCAGGUUUUAGUGAGACACCAUAUAACUCAUACAGGUGAUAAACCGUUACAAAUGUUCUCAGUGUGAGAAGACGUUUACUAAGCCAGAUUCCUUAAAAGCCCAUUUGAGAGUUCAUACGUGAGAGAAACCUUACGGGCCCAUCAUACAUCCAGCUCAAUGUGCGACACAACUGUCUUUCGCUAGUUUCAACCUGGCGAAAUUAUCAUUUUCACGUUUAGCUAGCACCAAGUUGUUUAAAUAGCAAAUGCAUCUGUGCCCAAUUUUGCACCCAUGAGUGUUCA